GAAAAAGGACUACGAUACAUGUAGAAAAACUAGACCCUCGAUGUUCAUCAGUCAUUUGGGGAUGGGGGUUGCAGGGGGCGUGAAUGCCGCAAAGACGCGUAUGACGUAUUUCAGCUCGUAGGACGUUCAUGGCUACAUACAUUAAGAGCUUCGGGGUCACUGUGCUGCAGACUUGGAGUUAUCUUCUUUAUACUUGUGGUGCUUUCGUCCGUGUAGCAGGUUACCGGUGUCCGGGCUGUGAUGGAGCGCUGGCGGGGCAGAGUGGCUCUGGUGACCGGAGCCUCGGUCGGGAUUGGGGCGGCUGUGGCCGUAGAGUUAGUCCGACUCGGUAUGAAAGUGGUGGGCUGCGCCAGGGACGUUGGGAAAAUUCAGAAACUGGCAGCAGAGUGUCAGAGUGCUGGCCACCCUGGUGUUUUGGUGCCUUUCAAGUGCGAUUUGACCAACGAGGAGGAGAUUCUGUCCAUGUUUGCUGCAAUUAAAGAGCAGCACAAAGGCGUGGACGUGUGCAUCAACAAUGCUGGCUUAUCUCAUCCAGAACCUCUGCUAAGUGGCAAAACCAGCAGCUGGAAGAACAUGAUAGAUGUGAACGUUCUUGCACUAAGUAUCUGUGCACGUGAAGCAUAUCAGUCAAUGAAAGAGCGAAACGUGGAUGAUGGACACAUCAUAAACAUGAACAGCUUGUGUGGACAUCAAGUCUUUUCGUUGGCUGAUGCACAUUUCUACUCUGCCACCAAGCACGCCGUGACCGCACUGACUGAGGGCCUGAGGCAGGAGCUGCGUGCAGAAAACACCCAUAUCCGAGCUACAUGCAUUUCUCCCGGUGUGGUCGAGACAGAAUUUAUGUCACGGUUCUACAAUGACAGUCCCGAAAAAGCAGCUGGUAUAUAUGCUGCAGUCAAGCCUAUGAAGGCAAUAGACGUGGCCAGUGCUGUCACAUAUGUGCUCAGUGCCCCUCCUCAUGUUCAGAUUGGAGACAUUCACUUUGAGGGUGUGUAGCAGGUGUUUGUUUUUCUGGCAACCCCAGAGCAAGGGCCUAGUCCAGCCUUCACAUUAGGGUAGCUGAAAGAAGACAAAAUUUUAUUUUGCAUUUAAUGCUUG